AUGACAGUUUCUGAUAAAAGUAACAGAAACUGUAAUAUUGAGCCUAUUCUGAAGAACAUCCAGAAAUUACUGAAUGUAUCUCUAUCGGAAGAAGUCAGGUGUGACUGCAUAAGAUUCCGUGGCACACCGACGUUACCGUGCAAACAUGUGCUAGCGAUUUUGAGGAUAUAUGAAAUUGACUGGACGCAACUCCCGACCACAUUCAGACUAAGUCCUCAUCUCAGCGUCGACAGCACUCUAGGUAGAAACGUUUCUACUGAGUUACCUCAGCAAGUUUAUUUUGGCCCCGACCGUGACCAUCAGCUGCCGGAUGAAGAUGAGGGAUCAUGCACUAAUGAACCAAUCGAAGUAAUCGAUCAAUCGUGUUCUAGUGAGGAGGUACCAGGCCCCAGUACUGCAGAUAAGGAUCUUGACUUUAACAAGUCAUUUAGCAUCUUAAGUGACCUCAAGACUCAAAUGUUCAGGAUUCCUGCAUCUAAAAGGGGAGAACUCCUCAAACUUAUGGAAGACACUGUUAGAGACCAGCUUAUACCCUCGGUUCGGAAGCUAGGAGAAAAUGCCCAAAUCCGCCGAGACGAUUUUGCAGCCACUUUACCAAAGCCAACGAAGAAAAAGCGGAAACUAUUUCCGAAAUACACUGGUCAACACAGCGACAGUGAUUUCGAGUAA